CCCUAAUUUCUUGGCCCAGAAAAAUAUAAGAAGAAGAAGAAAAAGGCCCAGAUUAGCCGAUCCCUCUUUCUUAUCUUUCGAGAAAUCGAUAGCAAAAAUGUCUUCGUCAGGGAGGAAGAUUACUCUGAAGAGCUCGGACGGCGAAUCGUUCGAGGUUGACGAAGCGGUGGCGCUGGAAUCGCAGACGAUAAAGCACAUGAUCGAGGACGAUUGUGCUGAUAACGGGAUACCGUUGCCUAAUGUUACGAGUAAGAUCCUAGCGAAGGUGAUCGAAUACUGCAAAAAGCACGUCGAGGCUCCUAAGACCGACGAUCGAUCCGCCGAGGAUGAACUUAAGAGUUGGGAUGCUGACUUUGUCAGAGUCGAUCAAGCCACUCUUUUCGAUCUCAUUCUGGCUGCUAACUAUUUGAACAUCAAGGGUUUGCUGGAUCUUACUUGUCAAACUGUUGCUGACAUGAUCAAGGGAAAGACCCCGGAAGAGAUCAGGAAGACUUUUAACAUCAAGAAUGACUUCACCCCUGAAGAGGAGGAAGAGGUUCGUAGGGAGAAUCAGUGGGCAUUUGAAUGAAGUUUCGGCUAUGGCCGUUCAAUUGCAUCAAACUUAUAUAAAAUGUAGUUUCUUGCUCUGACUUUUCACCUGUUUUUUCAUAUAUUAUGUGAGCUGUUUAAACUCUACUAGUGUCGUCUAUGUUCCUACCUGUCUUCAAACUUUGUCAAAUCAGUCUGCUGUAUCAAGUGAUGUUGUUUAGUCAUCGUUUCUGAUAUGAAUGAGAAUGGUUUGUCUAAAUUGUGUUUGUCA